AUGAGUGAGCUUGACGUGACAGCAUUUGAGGAAUUAGACUUGAUGAUUAAGUGGCUAGGUCCAGAGUCCUCCAGACAGGCAUCUAGUAUUCGCGCGUCAUGUGCUGGCAGUGCUGAAUCUGCAAGAUCACGAAUUUGGGAUCGUCUAGAUGAGAGAUAUGGAGCAGCAGAAAGAGUUGAAAUUGCUUUAAGGCAAAGGCUGCAGGCUUUUCCUAGACUUAAUCCUAAAGAUUCAAAAGCACUUAAUGAGUUGUAUGAUUGUGUGUCAGAAAUUAACUUUCUGAAAGAUAACCCCAAGUACAAAGACAUGUUUUCUUUCUAUGACACGUCGUAUGGUGUUUCUCCCAUCGUGGCCAAGCUUCCAAUACAUCUACAAGAGCGGUGGACGGUUAAAGCUUCAGAGUACAAAAUCAGACACAGUGUGCCGUACCCACCAUUUUCAUUCUUUGUGGAAUUUCUGAACUUGCAAUGCAGGAUGAAGAAUGAUCCUAGCUUUGUGUAUGAAAUGACAACUAGCAUAGCCACACCUCAGGCCCAGAAGCGAUCCCUGGGUGUCAGAGUGAACAAACUGAAUGUGGACACAAACCAAAGUACUUACACACCAAGUAGGCAAGCAAAAUUCAAGUGUCCAUUGCACAACUCCAACUCUCACAUGUUAGCGUCAUGUAGGGACUUUAAAAGGAAAAGUUACAUUGAUCGAAAGAAGUUAUUGAAAGACAACUUUCUGUGUUUCAAGUGUCUUGAUGAUUUCCAUGGCUCAUGUCAUAAAGAAUUGAAAUGCAGUGAGUGUGGCAACAACCACCACACGGCCAUGCACUUUACUCCAGCAGUGUCGUCAAAGUAUGGCGGGGAGCCUCAGCAGCGGAAUAGAGUACCUGCUCCCCAAGGUGUAACAAAUUCUUCAUCCGUGAACAGUUCAUGCACUCAAGUUUGCGGUACCCCUGGCUUUGUCGGGAAGUCGUGUGCUAAAAUAGUUUUGGUGGAAGUUUCUAGCAAACAGACAGGACUGAAAAUGCAAACGUACGCAUUGAUCGAUGAUCAAUCAAAUAGAUCGUUGGCUUCACCUACACUUUUCGAUGAAUUGAAUGUCAAGGGUGAUGUUGUUGAAUACUCAGUUAAUACGUGUAACGGCAUUGAAGUGAAAAAUGGCAGAAAAGCCACUGAUCUAGUUGUAACAAGUGUUAAUGAAAAUAGUGUUUCAUAUGAUAUGCCAUCAAUGCUCGAGUGUGAAGUGCCUAACAACAGAGAUGAGAUUCCUACGCCAGAAGUCGCCCUGGCGUACUCCCACCUGAAGGAUCUAGCGCCACACAUCCCACCAGUCGAUCCCUCAUGUAGUGUCAACCUUCUGAUUGGAAGAGACCUUAUAGAAGCACACCAUGUGAUGGAUCAGAAGAUUGGGGCAUCAAAUAUGCCAUAUGCUCAUAAACUUCCAUUGGGCUGGGUUAUUGUGGGCGAGACUUGUCUCGGUAGUUCGCAUAUUACAAACAAUGUAAAUGUAAAUAAAACCUACAUUGUAGGUGAUGGGAGAGCCUCUAUCUUGCCACCAUGUUCGAGUAAAUAUGUUGUGUCUGAAAAAUGUGAAAAUGACAAUGUUGAUCAAAAUAACUGUUCAAGCAUGUAUAUCAUUGAUAAUGGUAGAUAUUCACUGUUUAUGCCAUGUAACAAUGUUCAUGAGUUAGAUUGUAUGACUUAUGAUUUUGUGUUCGCAUCUUCUGUCCGUGAUGAGAAAGCGUCAUUGUCCAUUGAAGACCGAGAGUUUCUGUCCAUUAUGGACAGUGAAUUCACACUAGGUUCCGACAGUAAAUGGUCCGCCCCACUUCCAUUUAAGUCACCACGACCCAAGCUUCCCAACAAUAAAGCCCAAGCUUUUCAAAGAGCCAAAUCCCUCCAAAAUAGUCUGAACAAGAACCCUGUUAAGAGACAGCAUUUUGUAGACUUUAUGGGUAACCUGCUUUCUAGUGGUCAUGCAGAACUUGCUUCUAAGCUAGCAGAUGAUGCUGAGUGUUGGUACCUACCUAUCUUUGGAGUCUACCAUCCCAAAAAGGUUGAUAAAAUUCGUGUUGUCUUCGACUCAGCUUGUCAGUAUAAUGGUGUGUCGCUCAAUUCUGUGUUGCUCCAGGGUCCAGACCUAGCAAAUAGUCUGCUUGGUGUCUUACUAAGGUUUCGUAGGGAACAGGUAGCAGUUUCAGUUGAUGUAGAGCAAAUGUUUUACUGCUUCGGUGUCAAAGAGUGUGACAGAGAUUACCUUCGGUUUCUAUGGUAUGAAGAUAAUGACCCCUCAAAAUCUCUAGUUGAGUAUCGCAUGUGUAAACACGUGUUUGGGAAUAGCCCAUCUCCAGCCAUAGCAAAUUAUGGUCUGCAGAAAUCAGUUGAGAAUUCUGACGAAGAUGUCAAAGAGUUUGUUCGGAGAGACUUUUAUGUGGAUGAUGGUCUUACUUCUUGUCCUACGGUUUCAGAAGCCAGGAGUUUGAUUGAACGUACCCAAGCUUCACUAGCAGGGAAGGGAAUUCGGCUUCAUAAGAUAUCUUCAAACGUCCCAGACGUUAUGAAAGGGUUGUCUCGGGAAGAUUUGUCAACAGACUUGAGCCGUCUGGACUUUGAUCUUGAGAGUUUACCUACUCAGCGUAGUUUAGGACUUCAGUGGGACUUGAAUAAGGACUACUUCCUGUUCGAUUGUCAUAUACAAGAUAGACCCGUCACGAAGAGAGGCCUUCUUUCAAGCAUUCAUAGUGUGUUUGAUCCUAUCGGCUUUUUGUCGCCAAUUUUGAUCAAUGGCAGGCUGAUUUUAAGAGAUGUAAUCGCUAGCGGUAUAGAAUGGGAUUUACCUCUGACCACAGAAUUUGAGGCCAAGUGGUACAAUUGGCUAGGCAGUUUAGCAGAUUUGGAGUGUGUGAAAGUCAGUAGAAGUCUGGUCAAUGUGUCACUUUCAGAAAUGUCCAAUCCUGAACUUCAUGUAUUCUCAGAUUCGUCAGAAAAGGCAAUAGCAGCAGUAGUGUAUGUGGUAGGGUGUUCCAGUGCUGGUGAGAAAAAGGCCAGUUUUGUGAUGGGUAAAGCUAAGGUCGCCCCAGCUAAAGGUCAUACUAUUCCUCGUUUGGAACUUUGCGCUGCUGUUUUGGCCACAGAGCUGUACACUUUAGUUUCUGAGAAUCUUGGUGUCAAUAUCGCCGAUACUCAUUUCUAUACAGACAGCAGAGUAGUGCUAGGUUACAUAGGAAACCAAACCCGUAGGUUCCAUACUUACGUCAGUAAUAGAGUUCAAAAGAUCAGACGUGUAAGUUCUCCAAAGCAAUGGAGAUAUGUAGCAACAGACAAAAACCCUGCAGACAUCGGUACUAGAGGAGCCAGUCCCAAAGAAUUGCAGGAUGGCUUGUGGUUGUCAGGUCCAACUUUCCUUUGCACUCAGGAAACCCCAAUGUCGAAUGAGUUCUUUCCACUUCUAAACCCACAAUUAGAUUUUGAAGUUCGCACAUAUGUUGUUACCAUGAAAACGUCUGUUGGUAGCAAUGCUCGCUUGGAAACAGACCGUUUUGAGCGCUUCUCAUCUUGGAGUAGAUUACUGCUUGCUCUAAGUGUUCUAGUGCAUGUUGUUUCGUCUUUCAAGAAGUGUUGUAGUCAGAGAGGUUGGCAUAGAUGUUCCAUCUCUAGUUCCCCAGAGAGUAAGUCUAGAGCUACUGAGGUUGUGCUCCGAGAAGUUCAGUAUGAUUGCUUCAAAGCAGAAGUUGAUGCUCUUUCCUCACAGAGCCCUGUAGGUAGUAGUAGUACUCUGGUUGCAUUGGAUCCAUUUCUGGAUGAUGUAGGAUUGCUGCGAGUUGGUGGACGCCUGCGUCAGGGUGACUUUCCAAUAGAAGAGAAACACCCCAUAAUCUUAGCCGCAAAACACCAUGUCACUAAGUUGCUCAUACGUCACUACCAUGAAUCCGUUCAGCACCAAGGGCGUUUAUUCACUGAAGGUGCAGUAAGGCAGGCAGGUUAUUGGAUUGUUGGAGAGUUGGCGUCAGCGGAUGAUGGAGGUCUUGUAGACUGGGUGAUAUUGGACGAUGGAGCUCCUGUAGACUGGGUGUCAGCGGACGAUAAAGUUUGUGGAGUUUGGUGUCAGCGAAUGAUGGAUUUCUGGGGUGCUGAGGGCUUGCCGACCUCAGGCACGAGAGGUUCGUGCGCCACGUCGCAGGAGGCCACGCCCGCAUAA